AUGUUUCAGGAGCAAUUAGUUGACCAGAAAAUGCCGGUUCCUUACAAGCAACUUGAGGACCUUUUUCAAAGGGUACAUUUGGUUGCACUUCAAUACAUACAAAACAAUGCCGUGUUGGACACAAAACAUUCUGUUGAAAAAGAUGUCCAGUCUUUCAUGGAAAUGCUAUGGGUAAAGAGGAAAUCUGAAAAUGAGCAACAUAUUAUCAAAUACUGUGAGGCCAGUUUGGACGCGUUGCAAUUAAAGAUUACUCUGAUUGAUGGUAUUCAGGCACAAUCGUAUGAAGUUGUCGGAGGCCACAAGAAAUUCAAGCAUGAUUUGGAACGAGUCGGACAGCAGUACACUUUAGAAUUGAAGGAUAAAGGAUAUGCGGACAGAGAGGCGGCGAUAAUUUGGAGUACAUUCAUGCAGACUCUGGGAGAAGCUGAGAUGAAAAUCAUUCAGUUGGAUGAAUCGUUAACAGAAGAAGAGAAGAAAAGGGAAAAAGAGGAAAACAAACAGGAAAUGCAGAGAAUGGUACACACAAUUGAAGAGCAAAAUAAACAGUUGCUCGAAGAACAGCGCGAGUCUUACGAAGCCCAGCAAAAAGAGAUUGAGAACAAACGAGACGAGCAAGACCGGGAACACCAAGAGAAAAUGACCCAACUGUUACAAAAGUUAGCGGAGCUUGAGACAGACGUAAACGAAAGUCUGUUUUUAAAACAAAGAAUUCUACUUCUGGAAGAUGAAGACAAAGAGAGAAGAAGAGAAGAGCAAUUGCGAGAAGAAGAGCAGCGAAGACGAGAUGAGAACGAAAGGAAACGGGACGAAGAUAUGCGAGAAUGGCGCAAAGAUGAAAAGCAGCGAUUUGAGAGAACGCAAAAGGAUACGCGGGAUAUGAUGCAGAGCAUACAAUUAAAAAGCGAUGAAAAAGAUGAAGAGUUGAGGCGUUUAAAGGAAGAUAAAGAAAGAAAAAAAAAACGAAAGGAAAAAUCUGGGAUUUUUUGGAAAAGUUAUGCAUGGAUUUGGGGAUAA